AUGAAGUCUGCAUUUAAGGUUAUGGAUACAUGUUUGUGGUACCUUAACAGUGGUUGCUCAAGACACAUGAUUGGAGACCAAUAUCUCUUCAAGGUUUUUGAGUCUAAAAAAGGUGGUAAUGUCACUUUUGGUGAUGGGAACAAAUCACAGAUUAAAGUAAAGGGAAUCAUCUCUCUACCUAGAUUGCCAGACAUUGCAAAUGUUCUUUAUGUAGAAGGUACCAAGAAGACUCCAUAUGAGUUAUGGAAAGAAAGGAAGCCAAAUGUGAAGUAUUUCAUCAUUUUUGCAAGUACUUGUUUCGUUCUCAAGGAUAGAGAGAAUGUGGGAAAAUUUAACUCUCGUAGUGAUGAAGGAAUAUUUUUGGGAUACUCUUCUACAAGCAAGGCUUAUCGGGUAUACAACAAAAGAACCAUGAAGGUGAUGGAAACAGUGAAUGUUGUUAUUGAUGAAUCUUCAGACUCCGGUUUUGAGAAGUUUAGUGAGGAAAUCUCCAAAGAAAUUCUUCCUCCCGAGCCUAGGGAAAUUCAAGAAAUUGUUAAACAAGAGCCCGUAUCUCCAAGUACUCCCAGUACUCCAAGUGUUGUAAAAGAUUUAGCAGAUAUAUCUACUUCACUUGAUUCUGAAUCCCAUGAAGAGAAAGGACCUUCCUCCAGGAUCAAAUUGAAUCACCCUCCUAAAGUUAUUAUGGGAAACAUGAAUGAACUUACACUAAGGAAGCGUGCAGUUGAUAAAUGUGUUGCUAACUUUGUGUUUUAUUCAUGUUAUUUUUCACAUGUUGAACCUACUAGAGUUGAGGAAGCAUUUUAG